AUAGCCUCGGGGCUAACUGUGCAAGUGGGUUGUGCAACAAAUGAUAUAUGUCAAGUUGACUAUAGUUCGAUGGAAGACUAUGGAACAUACUAUGAUAACUAUGAAAACUAUAAAAUGGAUGAACGCCCUACUGUUCAGUAUACCGUUUGCAAAUUUUGGCCAAGUGGAUUUAUGUUCAAGAAAUUAUACAAAAAAGGAAAACAAUGUGAAGCAGGGUGGCCAUGUUGUCGUCCCAAUUCAAUUUGCAACAAGGAUGGACUCUGCGAAACAGAAAAAGGUUUGAAUGAAAUAGAAUUUCAUGUCGAUAAAAGAAAGUGCGAUAAAGGAAAGUUUCCAUGUAAAAAAAGUGCUCUUGAUGCUAUGAAUAAAUUCCGAAUUCAACUUGCUGCCGGAAAUAUUUCGGCCAAAAAUGGAAAUUUUCCAAUGGGAAAAGAAAUUUACAAAUUGAGAUGGAACUGCACUUUACAAGCUUUGGCUCAACAGGUAGCAACAGAGUGCGAAUAUACUUUACCACGUAUGGAUCCAUCGGAUAUUGGUGAAGUCUAUCUGAGAUGGAACUGCACUUUACAAGCUUUGGCUCAACAGGUAGCAACACAGUGCGAAUAUACUUUACCACGUAUGGAUCCAUCGGAUAUUGGUGAAGUCUAUCUGGUCUUAAACAAUUCUUCAAGUAAAUCUGAACAAAAUUUUCAAAAAAAUUGA